AUGGCGCUUUCAGAGGGAUUGAGAAACUUGAAAGUCGCAGUCGUCGACGACAACGAAAUAAACCACAAGAUUAUGUGCAAAAUACUAUACAAGUUCUUGGGACUGAACGAGUCUCAAGUCGACCUGUUUCUCAACGGGCAAAUGUGCUUGCAUGCCCUUGCAAGAGCGCGCUAUGAUUUGAUUCUCCUGGAUAUUGAAAUGCCAGUCCUAGACGGCUGCCAAACAGCCAUCCAAAUCCGACAUCCCAGACCCGCGAUACUCGAUGUAAACCGGUCUAUUCCCAUCAUCGCCGUCACCACCAAUGCAAAGGAACACCAACGGCAGCAUUACCUGUCCUUGGGAAUGGAUGCUGUUGUAGGCAAACCAAUUGUGGAGCCAUUACAAUUUAUUGGGUUGCUGAAAUGUGUUUUGGCUGGGCAGAAGGGAGGCGAAUAG